AGUUACAUCAGUCAAACGAAUUGGCAUAAAAACUUUGUCAUUCAAAUUUUAUGUGAAGAAACAAAAAGCGAAUCUUCUUCUACGGUACAAUGUCACGACACUAUUUUGGAAAUCAGCGCUGAUGAAGAACUAUAGUUAGUUCGAAACUUCGGCAAGAUCUUGGUUUGCUAGGUAAUAAAAGUGGUCUACAUACCCAAGAUUUUUAUUAUAUCAUAUAUGUACGGAGGACAGAGGAUACGAAAGACCUUACCAACCUUCUCUACUGAGGAACUGGGAGGUACCCAAACAUUACAGAGGCGGAUAUCUUGUUGAUAAAGUUAGACCUACUCGAUGCUCCACGAAGAUCAUUUCGAAUGAGAGGGGGCAUUUGGUGCCUGGCGUUCAAAGACCUAAACAGAUACCUUGGAUAUGCUUUCCCACAACUUGGCAUCUGCCGAAGAAGAUUAGCAGAAAAACUGCUGACGAAAUAAGCGGAAGAAAUAAGAUAAGAAGAUUCAUAUGUCCCCAUAAAGAACAGGAAAAGGCAUUUAACAAUUGAAGUACAAGAAAAGGAAAUAAUAAAACCAGUUAGGGAAUUUGAAGAGCACCAUCACGGUCCGAUUCACGACUCAAUUCAGAUGUAUGAUACUUCACAGAACAUAGGUAUUAUUACUUUGUUCAAAACGAAAUGGCGAAAACAGAACACAGAACAAAAGAAGAAAUACUAGAUGUAAUGGACAUAGAGGAUACUUCAGCCUUACGUGAUACUAUUUCAAACUUCGAAUUUGCUAAGGAGCUAAAAAAUCAAAAUUUUUAUCAUAGUCCACUGCCGGAUCGAAUUGACCACACCGAGUUCCAAAGAAGACAAAUGAUCGGUGACAAUGUUCCAGGUUUAGCUUUAGGAGACGGUGAUUAUGCUAAUGGUAUUGGGUGGAAAGGCUAUGAAGGUUAUGAGCCCACUCGUUGUACGAAGAUGAAAGUAUUCAGGCCGAAAAGCUCACCAUUACAACCCAGAAGACCUGGAGAAAAGCCUGAUACUUGGAUAAAUUUCGAUCAGAAAUGGAGAUUCAUUAGACAGAGGAAGGUUUCACCGAUGGACCUAGCACUCCGUUGGGAUUUGACACCAGAAAAUCCGAAAGACGAGCCUAAGCCUGCAGUUCAUAUAGAUGGAUCUAAUGGUUGUUUGGCUCCAGCAGUUUUUACAUUAGUAAACACACCUAAAGGAAACAUAAUUGAAAAGAAAAAUCAUUUGCGUGAUGGUGUUCCUGAUUGGGUGCCUUUGUUCUACUCGACGAACAAUUUGGGUAAUGACAAAAUUGACUUUAUGGAGAAGAGAUCUGCUAGAAAAUUCACAGAACAGCAACAGAAACUAGCUCAGGAUACACAAAGAUCGAAUAGCGCAAACGGUUUGCAACAAAAUGAUCAGAUAAAGGGAAAUACCCAUGCAAAUGAAAACAUCAGUACGAAUAAAGUGGAUGAAAAAACAGUAAAAUGUGACAAGAAACACCCUAGUUUUGCCACUGGUCAACAAAAAUUCUUCUGCCCGAGAAGGAGAAUUGAUGGUUCUUGUAUGACUUGCCAAAUGAAUAAUAUUUCCAUUAAUGAACCAGUGCAUCCCAAAGGCAAUACAAAGGAUAUUACAUGUACGACUGGUUUGCCUAGGAAACAAGUAAGUAAAAAUAUUAUUAGGGUGCCAAGACAGAAAAAACCGUAUGCAUCGAAAAAUUAUAGCAUCGAUAGCAUAGCUCCACCUUUUUCUUUGCAGAAGGGAAAAAGAGAAGAUUAUCCUGAACAUUGGAGAUUGGCAACAGUUUAUCAGCAUUCAUAUAAACCAAUCAAAAAUAGAAAAUGCACAUUACUUUCCACUGUGUUCAAAUAAUAUACAAGAAAUUGUUAUCACACUUCAA